UGAGAUUGUGUAUGUAUGUAGAUGUUGUUGUCCAAAUCCAUUUUAUUACUCCGGGUGUUGGAGAAGGCAGGGUUUUAGUGUAAAUUGUGAUAAGAUUAGAAAUACUUUAAAAUGCCCAAUAUUAUCAACGAUAUUAAGUUAGACUUUAAAGAUGUCAUGUUACGUCCUAAAAGAAGUACCCUUAAGAGUAGAAUAGACGUUGAUCUUCAUCGUGAAAUAACUUUCAGAAAUUCAAAGCGAUGCUAUAAAGGAAUACCAGUAAUUGCAUCUAAUAUGGAUACUGUUGGAACGUUUGAAAUGGCAAAAGCACUGGCCAAGCAUGGACUGUUCACCACUAUACACAAGUACUACACUGUGGAGGAUUGGAAGCUGUUUGCGGAGAGCAGCCCAGAGAGCUUGGACCACGUGGCCGCCACCUCCGGGACGAGCCAGGAGGACUUUGAGAGACUGUCCACCAUCCUAAAGGAAGUCCCAGAUGUGUCGUUCAUCUGCCUCGACGUCGCCAAUGGCUACUCCCAGCACUUUGUGGAGCACGUGAGGCGGGUCCGUGCCACCUUCCCCACCCACACCAUCAUCGCGGGCAAUGUGGUGACGGGGGAAAUGGUGGAGGAGCUGAUCCUGUCGGGGGCGGACAUCAUCAAGGUGGGCAUCGGCCCCGGCUCGGUGUGCACCACGCGCGUCAAGACGGGCGUGGGCUACCCUCAGCUGAGCGCAGUUCUGGAGUGCGCGGACGCAGCCCACGGCCUGCAGGGCCACAUCAUCUCUGAUGGAGGUUGUGCGUGCCCCGGGGAUGUGGCAAAGGCGUUUGGAGCAGGAGCGGACUUUGUGAUGAUUGGUGGGUUGUUUGCGGGUCACGACCAGAGUGGUGGAGAGCUGAUUCAGCGUGAUGGCUGUAGUUACAAGCUGUUCUAUGGGAUGGCGUCGCAGACCGCCAUGGAGAAGCAUGCGGGUGGCAAAGCUGAGUACAGAGCGGCGGAGGGCAGGACGGUAGAGGUGCCGUACCGGGGCGACGUGGAGACCACGGUACUGGACAUCCUGGGCGGACUGCGCUCCACCUGCACGUACACCGGCGCAGCCAAGCUGAAGGAGCUGCCUCGCCGUGCCACCUUCAUUCGCUGCACGCAACAGGCCAACCCUGUGUACGGCUAGCUUUGCUACCUGUGUUUCAAGCGCACAUACGUUGUUUAUUUAUGCCAUUGGUUAUCACGUAGUCUUUUUAGAACUUGAUUGCAAUGAAUUUCGUCCUUACCAAAUUGGUUGUUUGUAUUUUUGACUUGUUUUACUGUGGAAUAAUACCAAAGAUCAUUUUACUUCAUAUUAUUAAACCCAGUCUUUUUUUUUUUGCAUGUAAUUGUUUUUCUUAUUCAAGUAACUGAACAGAGAAAAUAGUGAAAGAAAUUCUAAUUAAGAAAUUAGUGAAAAAUUCCUUAUUUUCAGAGGUUGAUGUCUACAUUUUGUGGGUAUUAUUUUACAUCUGUUUUUAACUGCUUUUAUUUGGACUGCACUUUGCAAAAUUAUUUUAAUUGUGUUUUUUAUAAAAGAUAAUUUCAUACAUUAGUUCGGUUUUUUCUGUUAAUCUGUAUGAAGACCUAUAAUGUUUAUGUAACUGUUAAUUACAAAUGUUAUGAUUAUGACCUAUAUUGUCUCAUUGGCCUUUGUGGUACAGGGUAGCAGUUAUUAAGCAAGUUCACAAUGUUAGCAUAAUCUCUUUAUUGCUGACAUCAUUGUUCCUUGUGUUUCAUCUGAUCAGAUGAUUAUACUGUACAUAAAUUGUGAACAGUAUUAUUUGUGGCGGUUAAGUUAGUGUAAACUGUGAGCUUGCUUUUUGUUCCUAAUUGUUUUGUUGUGUUGGUGAGCCACAUGUUGUCAAUCUGCCAAGUACCAGUGUCAUUCGAGUGCUGAGUUUUGCUUUAUUGUGUUAGUUGAUGAAUCUCCUUUUAAUAUUGGACUCUUAUUUUGGCCUGAAUAGCUACGGCAUGUGGCAUCAGAUCCCAAGUGGUCCGGAAGUCAGUGUUGUAAUAUUGUGUAGUAUACACACAAAGUUUUAAAUUUAUUUUUUUGUCUGUUUUUGUUGGAAGUAAGGACAUAAAGAUAAUACAAAAAUAUAAUUUAAUAAAUAACAGACUGCUCUAGUCAGUGAAACAGGAAUACAUAUAAUAGCAAUUUAUUAUCAUUGUGAAUCUGUUUUUUAUUUGCGUGUGAAACACAUGCCUUACUUACAAUUCACAUUGGAAUUUUCACUGACUUGUUUGGUUCUUCUGCUAGAUUUCAUUAGCAGUUUGAUUUUCCGAUGUAAAGUGCUCACUCUAUCAAAUCGGAUUGCACUAAUCAUGUAGGUACAUUGUAUAAAAACCUGCCUCUUAGUUUUAACAUUACAACAUUAAAGUUUCUUGAUGAAUAAUUAUACUAUCAUGUUAGCAUAAAUCAUGAUCAAACUGGCUUUUAGUCAGAGUUAUAUAUUUAACUUAGUAUGGCAAAUUUUUACAACCUAAUGUUUCUUGUGGUUGAUAUUGUGCUGCCUGUAAUUAUCUUCUAUAUUUAAUCUAGUUUGUACUGGGUGAUUACAUUACAGUCUCAUUAAGUGUAGCACAUAGGCUUAUACCGUAUUUACCCGCAGAAAGGUCACCCCCUGCGCAUGGGUCAUCGCACCUUUAAUUUUGGGCAAAAAAAUAUAACAUUUUCACCGUAAGGGUUGCCAUCAAAUAAGGGUUACACUACGUAGCUAUCUUCACUAGAGUUCUAUGGAUACAAGUGAAGUGUUUCGUUUCUCAGCUUAUUAGCAUGUAAACUACGGGACUGGUGUUGGACCCACAGCUCUUCUUUGUCUGUUUACUACGGGAGGGUGAUGUGGCCCAGUUCCUUUUCCAUAUUUAGACCCUUCCUAUUCCUAUUCCCAUAUUUCCUAACAAGACAAAGAAGAAGACUGCUAUUUUUUCAUACCCUUGUUUCCCUUGCGUCUAUUGAAUUAUAUUUUUUUAACUGUCCCUUUGCCUCAGAGAGAGAAGAGGCAGCAAGCUACUCUUAGUCAGUUCCUUCUAUAAUAACUAGCACUCAAGUUACAGCGGGGCUGGAAGAGUAUAAAAAGUUUACUUAUAAACACCAACAAUGGCUGCAGUUUUGUCAUGGAAUGUUCAGUUGAAAGCAUGAGAAAUCUCUAGUGAUGGGAUUUUCGAUACUUCGAUACCUCGAUACCUUCGAUACUUGACAGUAUCGCAAAGUAUCGAGUAUCGAAAUUGUAAGUUCGAUAAAUUUUUGCGAUACCGAAAUGCUUGUUCAUUUGUAUUGAAUUAAGUUUUGAGUCGCCAUCGUACAAAAUACAACUACAAUAGAACCUCGAUGAUACUUUCCCGUUUCAUACAUUUUCCCGUGUCAUACGCCGAUUAAUUUUGGUCCCGCUGAAAGUACUAUAUUUACAAUGGUUUACUUUCCCAGAACAUACACUUAUAAAAUUAUUAAUUUCCCGUUUCAUACAUUUUUACGAAGCGGAAAAGUCCUAAAAUUCACAAUUUUUUUUGUUAUAUAUAUUCCUCCUGAUAAAUUACAUUUUAAUUAAUUCUUUUAUUUUGAAAAACGUAAGAAAAUAACUUUAUUGCACCAUAGAUAUGAAUAGUAUCAGGAAGACUGUGCACUUCGCUAGUAGUAUCUAUGGCCAGCACCAAGCGAGACUAGUGGCGCAAACUAGCAAUGAUUAUGAAAAUGGUGCACGCGCUUUACCAAGGCACGGAUCUCAUAUUUUGUGCAUUCAUUAAUCUUUGAACUGAAUAUCCCAGUUUGUUAUUGUUUUCUUACGAUCGGAUUGUUUUGCAUUUUACGUUUCUCAAGUUAAAAUUUUAUUGAAAAUGUGUUGUUGCAUAAAGUUGUUUGUAAAAUGAAACAAACAAGCAAAAAUUUUUGAUUUUCUUUUUACAAUAGCCUAAUUUUUUUAUUUCUAACUUAGGCUUGGUGACUUCCCCCCCCCCCCCCCCCCCCUUCCCACCAAGAAAGGACUUCAAACAUUUUGUAACGCCACUGUUUCUCAUGUCAGCUUUACUUGAUUAUGGACUGUAUUUUACAUUUCUGGUGGUUUUAUUAUAUGUAUAUAUAAUGAUGAAUUCAUAUUUUUCAUUAAUAUAAUGCAAUUAUGUACACAUUAUGUAUUUAAGUUUAAUCUGACAUUGUGCUGGUAUGAUAGAUUGAAUUUAUAUAGUUUAAAACUAAUUUAUGUUAUUUGUAAUAAUUGUUACAUAAUGAGAAAAUAUUUUUCCCUAGAGUAUCAAAAGUAUCGAACUGAAAAAACAAUACAGAAUCAAGUAUCGAAAGUGUGGUAUCGUCCCACCUCUAGAAAUCUCAUGCAAAAACAAUAAUGAUUGGUCACAGUUGCAUCAUUAACACCUGUCAAGAUAUGCACGCUAAUUAUUGAGGGAGUCAGUUCACAGGACAUUUACAACGGAGAGGGAGAAAAAAACCAUCAACACUGCCACAUGGCCUCAAGCACACACACUCCUGUGCGCUCUCUCUCUCUCUGGUCUGUUUAUUUUUGGAUUUUCCCCUCUUCUUCUCGCCCUUGCAGCACAGCAGACACGUCACUUGCCGGUUCUGUGACUGGUCAGGUGGCCAACACGACACGUACAAUAACUGCACUGUUCACGGGACUACUGAAAUAUUUUUAUUAAACAAAUUUUACGUGCUUGUGGAGAAUAUUUAUUAAAAAUCAACCUAGGUUAGUUAUUUAUACACACAUUCAACCACACAGUAGAGUAUAUAUUUUUUUAACCCAAAGAAAAAAAUUUGCAUAAGGGCUAGAGUUAAUUUUUUUACACCAGAAAUCUGCAUAAAAUGUGUGAUCCAUAUGCGGGUAAAUACGGUACGUUCUGCUUGAAUAUACUUCCAUGAGGUUAUACAAAAACAUUUAUAUUGAGAUAAUCUGCUUAACUGAACUGCAGUGUUUUUGUAAGUAGCAAUUGGUUUGGGUUUAUAUUUUUAUAUAUAUAUAUAUAUAUUUAUAUUUAUAUUUAUAUAUAUAUAUAUAUAUUUAUAUAUAUAUAUAUUUAUUUAUUUAUAUAUAGGUAUAUAUACGGUGUGAUUUCAGUAGUUAUUUACAAGAAAUAAACAAAAAUGUAGGGUUGUACUGAUGCUAUUUUAUGCUGGCAACAUUUUUUACAGAUACCGAUGCUAUGCACCUGAACAAAUAGUACAGCCAACUCUCAUUUUAUGACCCUUAAAGUUUCUGGGAAGAGGGUUGUUAUUGGACUUUGAACUGAUUUAGACUCAUUCCAACCACUAAAUUCAAAUUUUUUUUUUUUUAAUUUAAAUAUUAAUUUAUUUGUAUUAGCACAUUUCUGAAGGAAAAAAAUGUAACACCCUACAGCUAAAUGUAUGACAUCACCUUGGUGCCAGAACUUGCCUAAACACAACACACUGCAUAUGUUUUAACAACUGCACAACGGGUGUAUUUUCAGUAGCUUCUUGCAGGCCUUAAUUACCCAGGACCAGGGAAGCAGUGAUGUAGGAAGUGAAUGCAAGGACGUGACAUGUGACAGUGCUGUCAGCCACCUACCUCCGACCACAGGGCUGUGCUCAUCUGGUUACUACAGGACAGGAAAAUGAGCUUUUUUUUUACAAGUAUGCAAGUAUUUUUAAUGUUCUAACACACACAUUUUUAUUGAUGAUAGAAUGGCCAGUCAAGAAAUAUUUCACUUGUUAUAAAGCUGUAGGUUUGAAAAGUAUAUUUCCUUAUAAGUGUCAGGAAAGAUUGCUUGCUGAAUAAGAAGUUAUAAGUUUAUCAGUGACUAUGUUGAAACGCCCCUCGUGUCCUUGUUAUUAAUAUUGACAAAAUGUCGACAAAACAGGGCUUGGAAGUGGCGGGCAGAAAAAAAUAAAUAAAAACAAAAUUUAAACAUCAGAGGCGGACACGGGGUGGGUCCAACGAAAAUUUGUAAACUCCCUAUCAAGACCUCGGAGAAUAGUGUGGAUCGUUAUUGCCUUGAAUAAUAAAAACAAACAGUUAUGUUUAUAGGCAUUCUUUUAUUUAAGAUUAAAGUUUGUUUUCAAGACUUUCUGUUACAAGCUAUAAAGAGAAAACACUUCUAUCAUUUAACCAUUAUUAAAGAGGGCUCAGUUUACCCAAUCAUUUGCCGACCCGGGCCGGGAAUAGAAAAUUAUUUUUCCAAUACAUCAUUCUUAAAGAAACCGUAAAGUUUUAACAUUUUACAAUAAUCUGUGAUCACCAUAUUAGCUUAUCAUUGGUUAAUUAUAACCAUUUCACACAUACAAUUUCGAGAUGGCUGAAGAGACCAAAACUGUUAAACUGGUUUGAAUCUGAUAUCUGAAAUUACAUUUGGAAAUUAACAAAAGAAACUUUAACUGGCACUCGCUCUCACGAACUGAAGAUUUGCUGGCGGUUCGUAGCUGAUGGCGAAAAGGCCAGGAGUGAGGGCUUCCACUGGCGAAACCACGAAUUCAAAAUUGGAGGUCGCCGGGCUUGCUUAGUUCCCCAUGAUGGUUUCUUUCUCUUUGGGGGGGGGGGGGGGGACUAGGGGACUAGGACCAGGACCCUGUCUGUGGACAGACCAAACCAAAAAAAAAAAAUUAGAUCUGCACCACAGACAGAACAAGGUCGGGUCAGAAAACGACCGCAAGAGAGACAAAGUUCAAAGGACAGAAGAGAGAACUUAACAAAACAGGGUAGUAGUUGUUAAGCACAGCCAUGUUGCCUGGUCGGACGAUGGAGGGCGAUGCGCGGUCGACGUCGCGUUUAAAAGAAAAAUAAAAUGUGGCACCAAACAAGAAAUUUGGUUCGCGUAGAAACUUGGAUUACUACGUAGAGGCUAUGCUGAGAUGACUAAAAUAAAAAACCAAAAGGUAAAUAGGGAAACAUCCCUUUUCUGAUCAGACUACAUCUUAGUACUGCUGCUCGGCGUCAGCUUUGGUUUAACUGAACUGAGCCCGAAACGCGUUCAGCGGACUACCAACGCGGUCGUUCCAGAGUGCAGAGUCAGAGUCCGCUCAAAUCGGCGCCGCGUCGCUAAUUCAAACAAGGACCUUGUCCUAGAGGGUGGAGGGGCGUCUGAAACCUUCGGCAACUCUCAUCGUCCGGCCCGAUGUGAACUAUCGUUAAAGAUUUCCCUCUGUCGGAGUUUGCACGCAAUAUGGUCGACCAGGGGCGAGUCGCGGUACAGUCGACUUAAAAAAACUACACCCUUAUGUAACCAUUCAAUUUGAAAAAUAAAUUUUCCAAACAUAAAUUAAAAACUAAAAUAAAAGAUAAAAAAUUGUGCCGAAAAACCUCAUUUCCGGCACAAUGUAGAAGGUUUUCAUUUCUUGUAAUGUGCUUAUGAAAUUUAUUUGCAAUAAUAAGUACUAAGUAUUAUAAUAAUCUAAAGAUAGGCCUACUAAAAAUACUGAUUUUAUGAAUUGUUACCAUUCAUGUUCAAUUUUUCCGUCAACUGUAAUGUACGGUAAGAAAUGGUUACAGAUACUAAUGGUUAUCUUUUGUCUGCAGUUGCUAUUUACCAGACACAUGGACAGUCCAGUAAAAUUUUCAGUUAAAAAGAUUUUAAAAAUAGACUUCUCAGUAGGACUUAAAGUUAAUAUAAAUUGGUUGGCACUAGUUUUUCAAUGCACUUAGUGCAAGAAAAUAUUUUUAAACCAUUUUAGUAUUGAUUUUCAGGUAUUAGAAAGGUAAAAUGUAUAUCAUGAAACCUCCUGGGAAGAAGGUUCCAGCAGCCUCUAAAAAGCCUGGGAUAUAAGAAGAAAAAAAAACACCAGACUAAUAAAGAUCGAUUCACACUUUCCAAAAUAUAUCCAGCUGAAAUACAUUACACAAUGAUAUUAUUAUGAUGUAUUAUAAAGCCUAAGCAUAGCAUGCCCAUAAUUUAGGAAAAUAUAGCACGUUGGCACAUUUAUCAAAUUAUGGAUUGAAAGAAAUCAAUACAGCACCAUACAGUAUAAAGCCCUAAUCAAACCAUUACAAAGGGGGCAUGCCUCAACAUUGUAAUUACACAGAUACGUGAAUUUACAGUCAUUCAGAGAACGACUCAAAGAUGGGACAGUAGAACUGUAAACUAUAUACGAUGUAACAAGGUAAAGCAUGAGUAUCGAACAAUCCUGCAUCCACAUGUAUGUGACUCAUUAAAAGGAAAACACUUCUGAAUAACCCUAAAUGCCACAAUACUAGGAUGCAUGGAAAUUGUAAGCAAAGGCCUUGAUUACAAAUAAGUUUUAGUAAGGUGGCUAGCCCUAAAAUGCUGGCAAAGACAAGGCAUUACCAUACCUUAAAGUGAAUGGGAGCAUAACAUGCUGCAGCUUAACAUAACCUAUCAUUAUCCUAAGCAAUGAUUAACAGGUAACACUGCCAAAGCAAAUUUAGAAAAUAGGAAAAUAUAAAGUUAAGAAAUUAUGUAAUGGGUACAGCCACUAAGCACCUGACAAGCAAACAAGUAAUACACGGACCAUGUUAGGCGGACGUGCCUGCCGCUGAACACUUCACUAAGUAAACCUUAAAGAAGAUAAGAGAGCAGACUAAGCCUGAGGCCGGGAUACAACAGUGUUUAUGCCCUGCAGAGGCACAAGAGGGGAAAUAACAAGUAUAAGAGUUAAAAAAAAAAAUGUAAAUUCAAGGACGGAGGGGAAGGAGAAGGGAGGUUGCCUACAGUCAGAAUCGGGUUUUUUCAGUAUUAAUCACUGGGUUAAUGUUUUACAUUUCACUGUUUGUAAUGAGUGAACUCAUUUCACUAGGAUUAAACACUGGAACAGAAGAAGUAGGAGAGAGCGAUGUGCCCAGCAUGUUGGCAAAGAGUGAGUCGGGCAAUGGGCAGUGGUUAAAAGGGACUAAGUGAUGCUUUUUAUAGAUGAAGCACAAUGGGAUUGCCUACCUAGUUGUGUGUGCAUGUUUGUGUGUAUGUAUGUAUGUGUGUGUAUGUGGGGUGAAGUUAUAUGGUCCAUCCUCUGUGGCAUAUAUCCACACAUUAACUUCAUAAUGCAACAGUUUGUUCCUUCCCCUACCAAAUGUGUAUUGUUUGUGCGUGUAGUAGUCAUUUACCAUUGAGGUCUUACGUACUUUUUCUUAAGUUCUCUGUUACCCAGUAAAUGUGGGGCCAUUACUUAAAUACGACCAGUAACGAUUCUGCCAGGGAACACACAUUUUACCAACCAUCAUUAUGGCAUCAGUGCAACCCUACAAAAAAGAUUUGUCUAAUAUUUUCUAAUUUUUCAGCAUGCAGAAGCCUAAUUAGCUAAUAAUAAUUCAAAGUUUAAAGUGCUGAAGAGAUUAAGUAUUGACUUAUGUUAUUGUUGAUUUUGGAUUUAUUCUUUGUCGUCACUAAUGGUCAGAUGGCUCAGCACUUUGUUCUGCAAACAUGGAUAAUUGCUACUUAAAUAGUUGGAAACACUUUUCUAUUUAGCAAGAAAUCAUCACCAUUAUCAAGCCUGUAGUGUAGAUUAGUUUCUGUAAAUUUUCCCUAUAAAGAUCAUUUUUGAAAUUUAUAAAAGUGUUUACAAUGAGGUUUUCCUGACUGAAGUCUGUGGUAAGUAUGUCCUAAGUAAGUUUGCAAAGUAGUGUAAAGUGCAGUAAGGCUAGUUCGUCAAGUGCCUGAAUAGAUGUAUUCUGCAACAUUUUAGCUAUAAGUAUGCUUUAUUGACUUAGCUUACACAUCUCUUGUACGUAUUAACUUUGACAAAAAAAAGGUUUUCUUUCAUAUUGCCAUAUCUUCAUAAAACACAAUUCUUACAAACUGAUAUUGUAUCACAUUUGAUGGUAUCACUGUAAUUGUAAAAUAUUCUAUUUGUGAAAAAAGUAUAUUUUUGGGAAACUUUCCAACAUAAAAAGUUUCAUUGUAAGUUCUACUUUAUUUUGCAUCUCAAUUGUAUUUGUGGGAAGAGUGUGAUUUUUUGUGUAUUUGUAUUUAUUUUUGUACAUGGAAUGUUACGGUUUUGAAUGUAUUAACUUCGGUUAAGCUUGUGGUGGAUAAUAGUAAUGUUAAGCCCAGUUUCUUUCCCAAAAACCUCUGAUUUUAUGCAAAAUGCAAUAGAACAAAGGUUAUAAACAUGGGAACAUAUUUUACUUUAUUUAUAUAUAUUAUUACUCAAUACCAAUUAAAAUUAUCAUUUUUAAUUUUAACAAUUAUUUUCUCUUAAGCCUUUAUAGCUAAAAUGUCCCUUAUUAAACAAAGUUUAUAUUAACUAAUGCCUGUAAUAGACCACCAUGUGGAACUACCUAACCUGAUCAAGUGAUGUGACAAAACAUGCAGUUACAGUGAUCCAUGUUUUGGAUGCCUGGUGUUUGAUUCCUCUGAAGUUGCAGGCGAUGGUUGCUUGUGGUCCUGAUCCGACCGAAUUAUCUUAAACACAGGCUGCUUUGGCCAGUGCCAGGAGCCGACCAGUGCUCUGGGGAUAGUGGGUACACUCCCCUCACCACUGGCCGACAUCAGGAGGUCCCAUAUCAGCGUGGUGUCAGCACUGUUACGAUGACUCAGCUGAAAAAUUUUCUUUAUGAAUCAUGUUGUCUACAGUUUGAUUGCUUUUAAAAAAAAUUGAAGCUUGGUUUUUUUUUCUUCUUCUUUCUUUCCACUUUUACACACAAUAAUGUGAGGUUUAAGAUUCAUCACCCUUUUGUGUGAUUUUUUCUUUCAUUUGCAACUUUUCAAUACCAUUGUAAGCUAGUUCUCAUUCAAUUUUUUUUUAAAUAUUUGAUAAUUUUUUUGGGGGAGGGGGGGGAGGGGGGGGAAUGUUUUUAAGUUAUACGUUACACUCGCCCCUCUAAGUAACGGUGUUCAAUUGGCGUGGUUUUGAAGUAACUGCGCCAAUAAAUUACUAUAUGAUCUGAAGUAGUGUUCUUUUUCUUUUACGUGAAUCUUUAUUUCCAUGCGCACACAAGAACAGCACUUACCGUAUUCACUCGCGUAAUGUCCGCCCUCGCAUAAUGUCCGCACCCUUUAUUUAUAUAUCCUUAAAAGAAAAAAUUAAAAAUUCGCAUAAUGUCCGCACCAGUCGACUACGGCGUGCAACACAACUUUGGCCACCCCUAAAGGACGCAGUACGAAUGGAAAGUUGACGGCUCUGUAAACAAAGCCGUGACCUUGAGCUGUCCUUUCUCUCCUGUUCUGAAAGGGUGGGGAAAUUCGUUGAACUGAACAAAGCACGGUAACGGUAAACACAGCUGACCAACACGCACGCAAGUUCAAGGCAUGAGUGCGUAUUGGCCCCGCCCGCGUAUAAGCCCCCCUCCUUGUUUUGUAAACAUUUUUGAGAAAAAAUUUAAAAACGUGUUUUUCUGGGUUUAUCUGAGGGCAGGGCAGCUUGGCAUGCAUCAAACAAGCCAUGUAUUGUGAGCGGCGGGAGGUGAUUUUGUAAGCGGCAGUGAUACAGAGACUGGUAUUAUAGUUUUCCGUUCUCAGUAGGACCGUCGUGAGACAUGCCAGAUGUAAGCAGUUAGUCCUAUCUCAAACGACAUAAAUAUAAAGAAAGCUGGUCUCGCGCGCUGCCGCUGUGUUGAUGUGGAGUGUUGUCGGAGAAGAAGAGGCGAAGUGAAGGAGGAAGGGAAGUGGGUCAAGGAUUCUAACACUCCUUUGGUUGGCUGGCUAGCUGGCAGGAGGGAGGUUAAGCCACGCCUCUGCCUCUCUCCCCCCGUCUCUCUCCCCUCCUGUCACAGCGCUGCCUCUGCCUCUCUCCCCCCCCGCUUCUUUCCCCUCCUGCCAAUGCGCUGCCUCUGCCUCUCUCCCCCCCCCCCGUCCCACUCCCCCCCGUUCCAUUCCCCCCGUCCCUCUCCACGCGUCUCUCUCCCCCCCGUCCCUCUUCACCCGUCUCUCUCCCCCCGUCCCUCUCCCCCCGUCUCUCUCCCCCCGUCUCUCUCCCCCCGUCCCUCUCCCCCCGUCCCUCUCCACCCGUCCCUCUCCCCCCGUCCCUCUCCACCCGUCUCUCUCUCCCCCCCCCCCCCCCCGUCUUAGCACUGCCUCUGCCUCUCUCCCCCCCCCCCCGGCAUUGCACUGCCUCUCCCCCCUGCGGAGUCGUUGCCUCUCUUCCUCUUGCCGCGUCGCUGCCUCCCCCGUCCUUUCACAUUAGAACAGACCAUGGAGCUAAUAUACAGUAAUACAUCUGGAGAGGACAAGGGAAGGCCAGCAAAGGAUGCGAGGUGAAGCCGGGUAUCACCGUUUGUACCCUGCUUCCUACGCUGGAAGAAAACAAAAACGAGCCAAACUUGUCUCGCGCGGCGGAAAAAUCCUCCAAACUAAACUCGCAACAGCUCCGAAACUAUCAAAACAAUCAAACUGAAAAUUUUACUGGAUUACCUGUAAACAUUCUUCCCCACACCGCUUUAAUAUUUUUUUCGAAACAUGAAUACUUUCAUUUUUAAAAAUUAAAUACCUAUUUACUGCCAAAUUUUUUUGUGAAUACGCAGAGUAAAUUUCAACAUCGAGGAAAAAUUUUUGUUUGCAAUUAUAGGUGGGGGACACCUGCGAAUGAAAUUAGGAAGAAGCUUCAAAUUUUAUUUAUAUACCACUCUAGACGCAUUCAACCCAAUACUUUUAUUUUUACAGAGAGUUGAAGUGGGAAUAAUGUUUCAGUGGGUAACACUACCGACAUAUGUCUUCGUAACACACUUCUUUUUGUUAUUAUACUUCUCAAAUUUUAUAAUUUCAUACACAACGUUUAUAAAAAACGAAUUCUUACUUACUUCAUUUAAUCUAUUACAAAUCUCUUGUAAUAUACGUGUAUUAGUAGGAGUUAGAAGUCUUUCCAAUAUCAUGUUCAUGUUCCAGUCUACUUACUCAACCAACGUAACAUGCAAACCUUAGCUUAACACUGGUAGAGAAUUGUUUGUAAUAACUGUAAUGCUAUGCAUAUACUGACAAUGUAAGAAACUUUCAAUUUUAUUAAUUGUUUGCAUAAGAAUAAAUAAUUUUAAAAAAUCAUAGAAUAAGCCUUUAUAGACUGAAAACCUUUCACGUAGUUUCAAGUAGCGUACAUAAAAGUUUUUAAAUAUAUAUAAUUACCAAAUAUUGUUGAAUAUAUUUAACAUUUUUAUACAUGUUACAACACACAUAUAAUAACAAGCCUAUAUAGGAUAUAAAAAGACAGACGCCAAAUUUUAGCAUUUUGUAUUUCUUUUCUCUGUGUGAAUAAAAUAACAGUUCUUAACGUAGUUGCUAAUACAUACUGUACUAUAUUUCUAAAAAAAAUACGAAAACCCCUGACAUCGUCACCAUAACAAUGAUAAAUUUGCAAAAUAAUUAAGGCACGUCUUUUAAUGCUACGAAGCACACUCUUAAGAGAAAUGUUUUAAACUUAUGUUGGGAUUUAUCUAAUAUCUUAAAAGCAUUGUGAAACCGUUCCUUUGAGGGAAACCUUAUUAUACCGAACACCAUAUCAUCCUUUAAUCGAGUUAGAUUUUCGCUUCUUAAGACCCAUUUGUCUUCUUCCUGUACACAAUGCAUGGUUCGGAGACGCAGUCCAAUUUUUCCGCUUUGUCGCUUUUUCCCAGAUCUGUCGUUGAUCGUCACGUUUUGGAAAUCUAUGAAAAAAGUAAAGAAUUAUACAACUGAAACUACUUCUCUUUGUUAAAUAGUUUUCUUAGGUUUUUCUAAAAGUUCGAAGAUUAGUUACUUCUGUUUAAAACAUUUGCCACUUUUUUCUAAUGCUUCAAAAGUUUUGGGAAUUAAUUUAGCUAACAAAUGAAAAAAAAAAAAUCUUUAAUACAUGUGAAAAGCAACGCCAUCCGGCUUGGAAUUCCAUCGAUUUGUACAGCCAUAUGCGCUACAGGAAAUCACCAUUGUAGCCGCACACCAGCGCCACUCAAACCUCAAGGACAAGUGGGCUGGGGCUGCGUUUGCAGUAGAAAUACGCUCUCCUCCUCUUUCUUUUCAACCCUUCUUCGCAACCGGCUGGCUUCGCUCUCGCCCUACACAUGUCCACUCCAGAUCUUCUUACAUGCUCCUUGGAACAGACGCACGACUUGAAUAGAACACAAAAUUUUGUAUUUUUCUCGCAUAAUGUCCGCACUUCAUUUAUUUGGCCAAAAAUGUGGUCAAAUUACUGCGGACAUUACGCGAGCGAUUACGGUAUGUAGCAUUAAAUACACUACAUUGAAUCAACAAUUUGAUGAAUUAACAAACUGUAUUUAUUUUGCUCUUUCUUUAAUAGCUAUUUGCUUCCUUCAUUGUGUAUUUAUCGCCUAUAAUGGCCCAAGUGUUCAGCCCACGUUUAUAGUACACCAUCCCGUAUUUAUGCAGCAGCUCUGGAGAGUCAAGCCAUAGGCUUUCAGGGCUAGUGUACUCCGUGCCUAGUAGGAUGAGCUAGUGGCAAAUCAUGACACUAUGGCAGACACACAUUUAGUAAACAACAGUGUCGGGGAAUUACAUUAACAGUUUUGAAUAACCCUUCUAAUAGUAAAAAUAUUUAGUUUAUAAUAUUUUUUUAAUUCUAUUAGAUUUUAAAUAUAUAUAGAUCCUUUAUUAAGAACCAUAUUAUUUUGUAAACAAGAAAUGCUGUUAAAGCCUCUUAGGAUUGUUAUGCCCAAGCACUAUUAUGUAAGCAAUGUGGUCCCUGAAUUGUUUUAAAACAUCAGGUUGUUUUAUCCCAAAAUGUUGCUCAAUAUUUAUCUAAUUGAACUUCAAAUGUGGUUAUACAUAUAUUGGCACUGUAAAUUGAUUUCAACAUGAGUAAUGUCUUGAUUAAAAUGUUUGUCAGUGAUCACUUACCUAAUUGGCAAAUUAAUUAUUUUCAUUAACAUACUUUCUUAAAGAAAAAACAAUUUUUAUUAGCGCUGUUAUGAUUAGCUCUAUUUUCCGGGAACAAAUUAAAGCUUUACUUCAAGGGGCAGGUGUGCUGUUAGUUGGGUGCAGAUACAAUUUAUUUUUACAGGUAACAUCUGCAACAUCUUUCAUUCAAGUAUUUUAUAUAUCCUUUUGAUGUGUGUAAUUGACUGGGAUCAAUUUGGCCUUAAUAAGUGUUUGCAUUUUUCCUGCCAAAUGGGUAGGUUGUCUUUGUGAGCCUGUAUGAUGGUAGCCUUCCAGUUAAAAUUUGAAAGAUCUGAAGAUUAUAGUUGCAUUGAUAUAAGCACCUGUUGAAACUGGUGUUUUCACAGCCCGAGAUAUUCCUCUGCUGUGUAAGGAGUUGAGUUCUCAAAGUGCACUAUUGUACCAUUUGUAGUGUAGCAAAGAAAUGUAGUCUGACUUAAUGACAGUGCUUCCUGUUGUUUCCAUGUUGCUCAGUUUUUUGUAUUUAAAGGUAUCACGAAGAAGUUCCACAUUCCUGAAAAUUAGUGUUUUGUUUUACAGAAUAUUUAAAGAAUAUAUAUUGGUAGAGCUUUGAUUAUAACUCUGAAACACUUGCUUAUAUUCACAGUACCUGGUUAUCCACUAUACUGUUGCAUCGAACACUAUGUACACUUCUGCUAGGUUUUUCUUUAAAAAGAUGGUUUUUAUUUAAAUACUAUUAUCUUAAAACAAAGAGCAAAGUGUUGUAAUUAUUUGCAACUAGAAACCGCACUGAGGCUUGUUUUAGUAUUUGUAAUUUAAGGUUAUUUAUGCAUUACUCUUUAAUAACCAUGAUUGGUUAGACAAUAACAUCACAUAACGUAAGGACUUAAGUUGUUGAUUCACAAGCAAAUAAUGAAUUUGGUUGUUUGUGUUUAACUUUAGAAUUAAACCUCUUAUAACUGCAUUAAGGUAAAGAUUCCAUGUUUGUUUCAUAUACUCAUUUUAAAGAUCAUGAAUGUAAGCUGUAAACUACUUUAAAGCAUUAAUAUUUUUUUGUUACUUGAAUGCUGUUAUUUCAGUAAACCCAGAUAGUUACUCCUGUCACAUGAUGACAAUCCCUUAACAACCUGUGUAUUUUGAAUUCAAAAAAACUUGGCCACCAACUUUUAGUGUAUUGUAAACAAUGCAUAGCAUUGAAAAUAUAUACCUAUUAGUAAAUUGUUAUUAAAUAAGCCAAAAUUAUUACAUUUUCAUGUUGCCUAUUAAAAUAAUUUCAUUACCAACAUUCAGUGUAUUUACAAAUUCUUAUACACUUAUAAAUGCAGUUUUUUUUAUCAAAACUUGUAUGACAAGUUCUCAAAUGAUUAUAUAUGUAUACAAAAUUAUCUCCAUGCAUUUAGCAUGGCUAACUCAUUUUCAUGAGUUUCUCUUCUUAUUGACCUCCUGGUGUAGACUUGUCUGGGCAUGCAUUGUGUUAGUAGUACAAGUGGUGUAAAAAAUGCAGACUGUUAAAUACCGUAUUCACUCGCGUAAUGUCCGCCCUCGCAUAAUGUCCGCCCUCGCAUAAUGUCCGCACCCUUUAUUUAUAUAUCCUUAAAAGAAAAAAUUUAAAAUUCGCAUAAUGUCCGCACCAGUCGUCUACGGCGGGCAACACAACUUUGGCCACCCCUAAAGGACGCAGUAGGAAUGGAAAGUUGACGGCUCUGUAAACAAAGCCGUGACCUUGAGCUGUUCUUUCUCUCCUGUCCUGAAAGGGUGGGGAAAUUCGUUGAACUGAACAAAGCACGGUAACGGUAAACACAGCUGACCAACACGCACGCAAGUUCAAGGCAUGAGUUUCGCGUCGAGUUUUGUAGUGUAGAGUACAGAAUGGGUAAAUAUAAAUCCUUCAUUGCGCGGUUUAAAUUAAGAGUUGUUCGUUAUGCUGAAGAGCAUGGGAACAGGGCUGCUGAAAGGGAGUUUGAAGUGCACGAAAAAAGUGUUCGUCAGUGGCGGAAAAUAAAAGAACAGUUGCAGUCAACAAAUGCAACACGGCAUGGAUCAGUCUUGUUUUCUGUUGCGGUAAGACACGCAGCGCAGCGUAAAAGAAACGUCAACUUUAAUUAGUGUGUACCCUGUUUUACGUGUCUGGAUAGAACAGAACCCCUCUUUGUUUACAUUUGGUUGGAAUCCCUCCCUUGGCCAUUCUCACGCUCUAAAUGUUUCCUUCCCCUUCCUCCUUCUCUACAUCACGAAGGCCAUCAGAUUACCCUGAGGGGGGUUGGGGGGGGAGUACAGUGCGCAGAAGAUGUGGAACUGGUGAGUCACUGCGCUGUUGCCAGCUCGCUGGUUCCCUACGCGCCGCACGUAAGGAUAUGGUACGGCUAAAAUAUUGCAGCCAUGCCGUUAAUAGCCGUUUUAAUCCAUCACAUAUUAAUCACAUUAAUAAGGCACACGUAACCACACUUAUUUCAGUGUAGCGCGUAAUUUUUUUUAAUGUUCCGGCGGGUGCGAGACGGUUACCGGUGGCAAUUACAGCAAAGUAAACGUGGUCUAAGCCGGGUUGUUUGCAAGCGAUCCCGCAGAAAUAUUCUUUUAAAAUACCUAGCUAGUGAAAUCCAAAUUGAUUUUAGAUACGUUUUGUGCCUUUUUAGUAAUAAUUAAUACACAAAAUUUUGUAUUUUUUAUUUUUCCUCGCAUAAUGUCCGCACCCCAUUUUUUUGGCCAAAAAUGUGUUCAAAUUACUGCGGACAUUACGCGAGUGAUUACGGUAUGUUGAAUUGGUAAAGCACAGUCUAUAAAUUCAUUGAUAUGAAAAGUGUUGCAAAUACUUUCAGAUUGUGAAUUUCCCUCAAAAGAAUGUGUGCAAUCAUGUAAUAUUUUAUGUAGAAAGUAAUGUGUAAAAUAUUACUCUUGUAUUUUACGUUGUAGAAGUAUAAUUAUGAAAAAUAUGAUCUGUAAUAUGAGGAAAUAUGUUUUCAACACCAAAAGUGUGUCAUUGUCAAUUUUUUUGGAGUAAUGACCAUAAGUUACUGAGACAAAUUUGUUUAACUGGCAGCUUUGUCUUUUCUUUACCCCUAAACAUGCCCUGAGGUUUUCUCAAUUAUUAACUAACAUUGGCUUUGGUUUAAAGUCUCCCAAAGCAUUGCCACCAAGGAAUAUUAUAAGUCUAUUCUUAACUGCCUUAUGUCCUCAACAGGUAUGUCUGUGAAGACAUUUUUUUUCUCUAAAAUAAGCCUGUCUCAUUAACAUUUAAAUUUUGAUGAAAAUAUUCUGAAUCUUCAACAAUGUUGAAAAACGUUUAAACAUACUCUUGAGCAGCUUUCUUAUUGGCGCUAGCAGAUUCUCCAGUCAGUUUAAUGCUGUGCAAACAAAGUUUGUGCCUUAAACUUGUCGGACCAACCUUUGCUUGCUUGGAACGGUUGGAACCUUGGCGUAAUCAGUGUUUUCCUCUCCCGUGUGUUGCUUACAAUCUUUAUACAAACUGGUCGCUUUGCCCUGAAUCACUGAAAGGGACAAGGAAUUUUUUUUUAUGGUGAUUCUCAAUCCACACUUUCCCGAUCUUCAAUUACGAUGACGUGCCUCUUUGAAAUGAUAACUGUUUAAACAUUUCCAGUAUUUUUAACAUAAUUUUGGAUUUUUUUUCUUAUCCUUAAUAAUGAAACGACUUAAAUUAUACACAUGUCCGAUGACUGGAUAUGAUUCCACUUUUAGAUGGUAUAGUUAAUGACUUUCUUUCUAUAGUAUUUACAUUUUGUCCUGUAUUUUUUACUAAUCACAUUUUCUUCUACUUAGUUCUUUUGUUUGUGAUUCUUAUUUACUAUUUACAAAAAACCUACAAGCAAAAAAAAAAAUUUUUUCACUGCCAUUUAUAACCUCAACGGGAAAUUUUAUCUUUAAACACAGCCUACCGACCAAAAAAAAUAUAUACUUUUCUUUCUUUGGUUCACGGCUUCAAUCAAUAUUUGUGCAUGAGUUUGUGCUAACUGCAAUGUAUCAAUGUGGGCAUGUUUACACAAAAGUAUCAGAAUUUGUUGUUUGAAAGUUGAAUUAUCAGUAGUAACAUGUAACAUACAAAUGUAAGAGCUUUGAACAUAAGAAAGUUGAGGACUGUCUGUAGAAGGAAAAGAAGGAGUUGGUUAUAAUUAUUAAAGGUUGGUGACAUAUAGUGUGAUGAACCCUGAGUUGUUUGACAGAGUUAUUUACAGCAGCAGUAUCAUUACUCUUCCUGCCUCUUGUUCUUUCGUUCUUUCAGGGUUGUCUACGAGGAGCCCUCACUUCUUAUAUUCCAGAAACAAUUACAGGCAAAAAGCUCUUUAUUGAGAGAGAUGGUGCGGGGGAAAUAUAGUGGAUAUAAUAGUGUUGGUACUGGCCAUCUGAGGACUUGUGCUAAAAAGACCUUCAGAUUUUCAAAACAUGUGUGUCUGCUGUCUGCCCAUGUUGCCUAAAAAUUGAAUUGUGUAAAGUUAUUUGGAUGAUGGAUUGUGACUUGCUGUGUUUUUUGUUUUGUGCAUAAAUAAUCAACCAGGAUGUUUAAUUGGUUUUAGUGAUUUUAAAGACUUUAAUAGUAUUUUACUUCAAGAUGCAUAGGUAGAUAUUGGACUAUUUUAGUUACCUGUUGUAAGUAUUUAAUUUGUGCUGUGAUGUAUUAUCUCAUUUAUUCUUGUGUUGUUCAUCUAAUAUAAUGAUAUAAGAAAUGUUUGAAAAAAAAUAUUUUUAUUCUGUUUUUUGUUGUAUGAAAUAUUGUUGACAUUAAAUUCAUAAAGAAUUUGUU